AUGCAGGAAGUUUUGCUGGAGUUGCUAGAACAUUGUGUGGAUGGCUUAUGGAACACAGAGCGUUAUGAAGUAAUUUCUGAAAUUUCUAAGUUGAUCAUUCAAAUUUAUGAGAAUCGUCAAGAGUUUGAGGUAAAUGUCAAAGAGCUUGAUCCCAAAUAUGCUCAUAUCCAAGUCACUUAUGUGAAGCCCUACUUUGAUGAUAAAGAACUCACAGAAAGAAAAACUGAGUUUGAAAGAAACCAUAUCAACAGAUUUGUUUUUGAGGCUCCUUAUACAUUGUCAGGCAAAAAGCAAGGUUGCAUAGAAGAACAGUGCAAACGCCGUACAAUCUUGACUACGCACCGUGUGAAAUCGGGCCUGGGAUUUCUAACCCUGGACUCAGAGUUUAGGAAACAAGGGCUCAGAGGCCAACGAUUGCACUCUGAGACUCCAGAAGUCCAGGUCAAGUCUCCUUCCCGGAGGCCGCCCUGCCCUGCCCGGGUGAUCGGCUGGGCAUGUCCGAGGUUCCUCUGGGCUGCCCACCGUUCGCACCGAGCCCGGCGGUGCCGGGGCCGGGCCGCGACGAGGUCGGGGCCGCUCUGCCUGGCCGGCGAUCGAACUCCCGGGGCGCGACGGAGGCUCGGCUGCCGCGGGGCCAGGUGUCGCGCCUCGGAAGCCGCUGCUGGAGCCGCGGGCGCCCCGCCCCUCCGCCGGCGCUGGCCCCGGGGUUACCUGCGGCCGGUGGGCGGGGCGGCUCUUCCCGUCUGCGCCGGCCCCCCACUAGCCUCCAGGGCGGCGGAGCCGGGAAGUGGGAGAGGGAGCGAAAGAGGCGGAGACUGCGGAGGCUGCAGCCCGGCCGGGCUCCGAGCGAGGGGCUGUAUGGAGCGGCCGGCGCGGCUCUGCUGGCUGUGGGCGCUGCUGCUCUACGUCGGCCGUGGCGGCGUGGUUGCGCUCGCGGAACCUCAGCCACCUGUGACAAAUUUGAGUGUUUCUGUUGAAAACCUCUGCACCAUCAUAUGGACAUGGAAUCCUCCUGAGGGAGCCAGUCCGAAUUGUAGUCUAAAGUAUUUCAGUCAUUUUGGCAACAACCAGGAUAAGAAAAUUGCUCCAGAAACUCAUCGUUCAAAAGAAGUGCCCCUGAAUGAGAGGAUCUGUCUGCAGGUGGGGUCCCAGUGCAGCACCAAUGAAAGUGAAAAGCCCAGCAUUUUGGUGGAAAAGUGCAUCUCUCCCCCUGAAGGUGAUCCUGAGUCUGCUGUUACUGAGCUCCAAUGCAUUUGGCACAACCUAAGGUACAUGAAGUGCACUUGGCUCCCUGGAAGGAAUACAAGUCCUGACACUAACUACACUCUAUCCUACUGGCACAGAAGCCUAGGAAAAACUCUUCAGUGUGAAAACAUCUACAGAGAAGGCCAGCACAUUGCUUGUUCCUUUGAUCUGACUAAGGUGAAGGAUUCCAGUUUUGAACAGCACAGCGUCCAAGUAAUGGUUAAAGACAAUGCAGGAAAAAUCAGACCAUCCUACAAUAUAGUGCCUUUAACUUCUCAUGUGAAACCUGAUCCUCCACAUAUUAAAAAUCUCUCCUUCCAAAAUGGUGACUUAUACGUGCAGUGGACAAAUCCACAGAAUUUUCAAAGUAAAUGCUUAUCUUAUGAAGUAGAAGUCAAUAACAGCCACGCUGAGACACAUGAUAUUUUCUAUGUUGAAGAGGCCAAAUGUCAGAAUACAGAAUUUAAAGGAAACCUAGAGGGUACAAUUUGUUUCAUGAUUCCCGGUAUUCGUUCUGAUGCUUUGAACACAGUCAGAAUAAGAGUCAAAACAAAUAAGUUAUGCUAUGAAGAUGACAAACUCUGGAGUAAUUGGAGCCAAGCGAUGAGUAUAGGUCAGAAGGCCAAUCUGACAUUUUACAUAACCACAUUACUCAUCAUUCCAGUCAUCGUUGCAGCCGCAGUCAUUGUCCUUCUGCUGUAUCUGAAAAGGCUCAAGAUCAUUAUAUUCCCUCCAAUUCCUGAUCCUGGCAAGAUUUUUAAAGAAAUGUUUGGAGACCAGAAUGAUGAUACCCUGCACUGGAAGAAGUAUGACAUCUAUGAGAAACAAACCAAAGAAGAAACUGACUCUGUAGUGCUGAUAGAAAGCCUGAAGAGAGCCUCUCAGUGA